AACAUACCGUCUAAUCAAAGCUGAGGCAGCAUCUCCCAGCUGCAAUACGAACUUUCCACAUGGGACACGGUCUCUCGCCAUAUCUCCAUUGGCCGCUCUCGCAACAUUUGACAUGAACCCUGAGAUUUCAAAACAUGUCUUUCUUCCUGAUUAGCGAAGUCACGCUGAUGAACGGAGUGUAGUGGGUGGAGGAGACAAGGACAAGCACCGCACUGGCUGGGAAAAGACGAACCUUGGCGGAAUGUAGGGCGCCGGGGAGGACUCCUUCGAGCGUAUAAAAGGGCAUCGUGAGCCAGCCUUGAAGACCAGGUCGAGCCAGCCCUCUCGCAGCCAGCCCUCGUUCAGCCCACUCUCCCAACAAGCAUAGCCAGAAUGCUGUCUCGCCCCGCCUCGUUCCUCUACGCCUUCUGCUCCCUCGCCAUUCUCGUGGCCGCCGCCCCUAACCCCGAGAACGACAAGCGCCAGUUGGGUCUGCCCACUAUCCUCCCUUCUGGUAUCCUUCCCUCCGGCAUCCUUCCCUCUGGCAUCCUUCCCUCCGGCAUCCUCCCUUCCGGCAUCCUGCCAACCUCGACUACCCCCGCUGGUAUUCUCCCUUCUGGCAUUCUCCCCUCCGGAAUUCUUCCCUCCGGCAUCCUCCCCUCUGGUAUCCUCCCCUCCGGUAUCCUCCCCUCCGGCAUCCUGCCAACCUCGACUACCCCCGCUGGUAUUCUCCCUUCUGGCAUU